GCCAUAGCACUACGACCAACCGGUAUGCACGGAUGCGUAAGUUUUCAAUGAUGCAGAAAAUACAAUUCGAUAAGAGAAUGCGCUAUUGACAAAAGGAUUUUGAAGUAAUGAUGCAGUCUAACUCGGGAUUGCAUAUCGUACAAAAAGUUAUCGAUGCCGUCGAAAAGAUUCAAGGCAAAGGUUCUCUUGCCGGGUGCAUGUAUACUUUUGUUAAGUAGUAUCUAUUAUAUGUCUGAAGAUUCCAAAAUAAUAUAUCGUGAUGAGAAAGAAAAGAUACAAGCGCUGAGGAGGAACGAGAACUUGCAAGGUCCUUCAUCUGAAUCAAGAUUCUCCCAUCACACAACUCGCAAAAACAAACCCAUACAACAAGAUAUACAAGUCGACAGGGUCCCCUCUAGCCUUGUUGCUAUUGAGAGGAGUUACCAGUCGGCAUUGCAAAACUUUCGUACAAAUUUGCAUUCAUUGAAACUGGCAGCAAAUAAAGAUCAUGAUGUAAUCAGGACUUUAGCUGAGUGCGAACGAAAGCCAUUCCUUUUGAUUCUAGUACACACAAAGCCGGGGUCUUUCGCCAGAAGGGAAGCUAUCAGACAGUCAUGGGGAAGACCUGACAGGAAUUUCAACCAGAUGCAUAAUGUUAAUAAUAGGUCUUGGAAAACAGUGUUCCUGAUUGGGAAAAGCCGUAACAAAUUCAUCCAAUCAGCACUCGCGGAGGAAUCCAAGAGAUCACGUGAUGUAAUAUUUGGCUCUUUCGAGGAAUCAUAUCCAAAUCUGUACAAGAAAAUGGUUCUUGGAAUAGAGUGGCCGCAAAACAACUGUCCAGCGGACUACAUCCUGAAGACGGAUGACGAUUGCUACGUGAGCGUGCAAGCGUUAAUCACGUGGUUGGACUCUUAUCACGUGAUCAAUGCGUCACAACCCCUCUAUACUGGAAAUCUAGCACUCCACAGCAAAGCCAUCCGGGACUCAUCUCAUCGCAAUUAUUUAUCACGUGACCAGUAUCCCGAAGAGGAGUUCCCGGCGUACAUCUCGGGCGGGGGCUACCUCUUCAGCGGUUUUCUCCUACCGCGGCUCAUCUCUGGGUCUAAGCGCGUCAAAAUGUUUCCGGUGGAGGACGCUUGUUUCGGGACUAUUAUGAACGAAAUACGGGUCCGCCCAACCGCCGAUUUGCGAUUUCUUCCCUUUAUAUUUUGUGGGUUUGAUAGGAGUGGUGUGUACAGGCCAGUGUACGCGUUGUAUAGACCGUUGUGCGAACUUCUUGGACCGUUCGUUAUUCACGGGCUGCGACCCGAAGGUCAAAUAACCUUACAUUACAACGUGCGAAUCAUGACUGCUGUAUCGUCAAUAUGCAGUCAGUAUCAAAGGAACGCGUGGCUUAGGGCUAGACGUAGGUGCGUUGUUCCGAAACAACAGCGCGUGUCGGCAUUAUUAGCUAAAGCACGCAAUGUAGCUUAGCCAGAUAGCAAUUCUUCAGUUUGCAAACCAUUUUGGACGUGAGGCGCUAUGGCCAUGUUACAAUAGGCAAUUUUUCCGGGUCAUGUAGAAGCUAUCAUCCCUAUUGGAUUGUUGCAACACAGACGAAGAACGAGAAUACAAUAGAACAGAUCUUAGCCAAACGUGGCAGGCCUUACGAACGCGCUUCUACACUUUUAAUUUUUCCUGCAACUUCCACAGCCCAAUGACGGUAAAACAUUUUGCAGAUUGCAGAGGAAGGAUAUACGGUCGCAUUUUUUUGCAACUUAUAUUGAAAUCAGAGCCAACAUAGCGGACUAACCGUUAGACAGAGCGAUAGACAAAAUUUCAUAAUAAAACUCUGAAUGCGUCCUUUAAAACCCAGAUAACUUCCUCAUCUUUCUCAACUUGUUUGUUUCUACCUUUGCUAGUUUAUAUGGAACCAAACAUUCGAUUUCGAUAAGAAAAUCCGAUACGUCUUGACAGCUCGACGGCUGAGCGACAACUGAAGGUGUCGCUGCCCUGGGCACGCUCCUUUUAUAGCGCGGUUUCGCGUUUCAAUGGUUUUGCAGGUUGUAUUGCUAGUUGAUUUCGGAUUGAUGAGGCAAAUAAUAAAUCUAUUAUAAUAAAAUACUGGACAACUAUAAAAUAAAAACAUUUUGAUUGCGAA